AAACGUUGUACUAUUAUUGCUAUAGUCAAGCUCAAAGAGUUAAUAGUUUGAUGAAAACAGCUGAUUGCGUGCAAAGGACUUAUAAACCAUGCAUACGUUGUGCGCCAUACUAAUGACGGAUUGCACGUGCGUGUAUGCAAUGAGUAUGGAGAAUCAGCGUCAUUUGCGUGGGUGGGAUUGUGCGUGGUUGAAGAUUCACGGACGGUCGAACGGAUCGUGGAUGAUCCAGCUCGAUUGUUACCGCCUGAGUUGCUUUAACGCUCGCGACAUGUGCACGCGUAAAUGGCAUUGCUUUCCAACGCCAUGCAUCCUUCCGUUCUCGGCAAAACACAACAUUUCGAAAGAGUGAACGCGUAACAUACUAACGUGUGUUAAAAUCUCAAUGGUUACGUCGUAAUUCCAGGUUCGCGGUCGUCUCGAAUCGGUUGAUCGAGUGCCAGCAUCGAGAACGACGUUAGUGCUGCGGCUCACUUCCGGUCUUCAGUACCGGCUAAACGAAACUGCGACCGAACGAACGAUUAUAUCAAGAACAUUUUAAACGAAUUAUAGAAUUUUUCGAAGAUUUUUUAAAUUCGAAGUAAUUUCUCCCGAAUAUUUUCAUCAUUUGCGAUGCGUUUUAACGAAGUGUAAUUACGGUUGGUGAAGUUCAACGGUUUUCAACGAUAAAUUUAUUUGAAUAAUCGGCGACGAAGAUGGUGCGCGUUGCACGUUUGUCUCACACAAAAGAAGAAGCGACAAAGAUGAGGGAUGCGGUUCCGCAGAAAGCAAAUAACAACGGUAACAAUACUACUACUAAUAAUAACAACAAUAACGUAACCACUUUGAAAAGUAAACCAUCUUUGGAGAUUUAUCGACCUCCAGGUGGAAGAACGGAAGGAACCACGGCAAACUCGACUAAUCCACGUUUGAACGUACAUGCCAAGGAGUUCACUAUGAAGCAGAACGAUUCGCAUCCUUCUAAGUCUCGGACGAAUGCUUCAGAGCGAUCUCCGUAUUAUCUGCAGCACAGUAAAUCGAGUGGCAACGUGCAUCGAUACCUUUACGCUCAGCAACAACAACAGAUACAACAUGCUCUUCAACAGCAACAUCAUCAAACGACUCGUCAUCUCCCAAGCGGUCAUCAUUCAGCGAGUUCAGCGCUGCGACAGUCUCAUCCGCUUGAUACUUCGGCAUCCAGCGGGAAUAUUCUACAUGGCUCGGGCAGGGUCCACUUCAAUAUGGAUCAGAACGAAGUCAAAUCGAACCCAGCGAAACCCGGCAGGCUCACGAAAUCGUUAUCAUUCGUCUCUACUUAUGGUCUGAAACGAUCGAAAAGCUUGAAUGCAGCCGACGUGUUAGCUGCAAAGGCGGUGAAUAUUUCAGAUGCUUCUGAAUUAGGAAAAUUCCCCGCCGCUAUUCAAGACACGCUUUUAAAAGCUAUCGAAGAUCCAAAUGUGUUGAAUGCACGUAGUUUAAUGGAGCUGGUGCGACACAUCUUGGAAAGGGUCGUUGAGAAUCGCAAAUAUGCAGAACCUGCGGCAAAAAUUUGCAUUACGAUCAUAGAGAAAGAAAGUAAGGAGACCUUCCUGGAGUCCUUGUUGAACACGUGUCAACAAUGGUAUCAGGAUCGCGCCAAAGUGCUCUAUGAUGGAUCUAGUUAUCAUCGUUAUUCUGCCUUCAUGACGUUUUUAAACGAGAUGUAUUGUCAGUUGAAGCGAAGGCAGCUCCAAUUGAAGACACAACAGGAGGGUGUUCCACCUGGACGCGUACUUCUCACGUUACUUUGGAAGUGUUGUCAAGAUUGUUUGCAGCCUCCGGUUGUAAAUUCCUUGGCAGAGACGGAUUGCCUGUUUUUCAUCCUGACAUGCAUCGGCAAAGAUCUGGAUACCGAAUUGCCAGCUCAGUUGCAGCAACUGCUGGGAAGUUUGAGGGACGCCUUCCUUGCUGAAGAAACGAUCUUACCAUCGGUCAGAAAGACCCUUCUGCAACUGAUCGAACUCCACGCCGCGCACUGGCAGCUUCCAGCACCAGCGGUGGUUUAUUACUACCCUGGAUCUACCUCUAAAUGAUCUUCCACCUUUUCGAAUCCUCCGUCCACUCGUCGGUCCCGUGCGUGUGCGUUAAGUGGGUGUAAGCACGUUAAUGGAAUGGUUUGCACUUGAAUACGCAUAGAAUGUGUGUGUCAUGCGAAUUAAAAAUGAAACGACCACUGUCGGUGACGACUACGGGUGUAAAGGAGUCGCCAAAGGCAAUCGCCCGGAGCAACGUCGCUCGUGCGUUGGUUUUAUGCGCCUGACUGUCGUGCAAACGUUAAUUUAUACUGAUAUAUCCUUCGCGUGGAAUGUACCUGUGCAACGUUUUGUUCUAAAAACACCGUAGCCGCUUAAACUAAUUAGAGGAUUGAGUAUUCCGACUGGAAAGAAGGAGCUAUUGAAAGUUCUACAAGAAAUACUAAAUCACUUUAACAUUUAAUACCACAGAAUUUACCUUGAAAGCUUAGUUUUUACGACGGACAAUCCUCUAAUCACUUUGAGUAGAGUAUUUAGUACACAUUUGUCUUUCUGUUCAUAAGUUAAUAUUAGAACAUCCGUUUCACUUCAUUGAUACGAUUGAACGUUCACGUUACGCGUGUAAUAAACGUGUCUUCGAAUUAUAAUCCGGGAAGAUGCUUUUCGCGAUGAGUCAGCUGGAUCUAAUCUCGCCGUUGCAACGAAGAAUAAUCGUGUCUCGCGUGAAUUAUAAAAAACGGAGAUUUACGACGAUCGUUAUUGCGCUACUUCGCGAGGAAUGACAUUGAUGUUCUCCUGGGAAUUCGUAACUAAUCGAGUCAAUGCUGGAAGCUGCGCAUCUGCCGUGUCAAGUUAGAAAUUGUCUUGUUAGUAAGGCAUUGGGUUAAGAAAUCGGGACACUCGAAACUGGCACGUCGUUUGGCUGAAUUACAGCGCGAGGACCCAGAGUGUGAGAGCUGGUUCGAACGACGAGCGGAGAUCGCAGGUUCACGGUUAAAAGUGGACAUUGAAACGCGGACGUGUGUGCGUGUAUCCGAGCGACGAAUGAUUGGGACGGAGCAGAUAUUUGCAUAGAGAGUACGUGGUAGUUGCAGAAGAUCACGAAUCGCGAAUUUUCCUCGACUUUUUCCGUAAAUACGAUGGUAUCGAGUACGCCUUGGUACAAUAUAGGCUUCCUUUGAAGAGAAUGCGUAGGAGUAGAUUAGGGUCUUUUAGAAUUUUCUUAGGUACUUAUGUUAGGAUCCUCGGAGUCUGUAUAGACUCUUUCUAGGAUGCUCUAGAUACUCGUAGCGACCCAAAGACCUUUGCAGGUUUUUCUUAAAAUCGUCUCAGGUUCUUUCUACAAUUUCCUUUGAAUAUUCCUAAUAUCCUCGUCCUCCUAGGUGUCGGAAAACUCCAUUCUCUUCAUUUAUCUUUAAUCAAAGGAAGACUAUGAUGCACCCAAAGAUGUACAAACUAAAAACGAAUCGAAUGAAAGCAUGAGUGAACAUAGUAAAACGAUACACUUAAAGAAAACGACCCUUAUGUGGAACGAUCUGAACAAUCACGUCGAUGAUCCAUACAAUUGUUCCUAUUGAGUACAUGGAGUAAGCGAUGGAUAAUGUGAUUUGACGUCGUUGUACCUUCUGGUAUUGUGCCCUAGGUGCAUACUCAAUUUUCUGUAUGUAAAUAUGGACCACGAUAUUCGAACACGAUAGCGAAUGACUUACAUUGAAAUACAGGUGCUAGAAUUUUCUUUUA